AUCUCACUCUCCUCCUCAUCUCAUCGCUUCAUCUCUUCUCAACCGCCCUAGGAAGCAGCACUUCUGUAAUCUAUCGCUCGUCUUUGAUGGCAACCAUGGCAACUCCCCUCACCUCCUCCCUUUCUUCGAAGCCUAAGAUGGUUUUCGUAGAUAACCGAUCCUCAAUCCAUGGCGUGCCUCUUCCAACUCGUCUCCAGCCCAUCCGUUCUUCCCCACAAAGCCUCUCCAUCUCCAUGUCCUCAACCCCUCCAUACGAUCUACAGUCCUUCAAGUUCGAACCCAUCCGGGAGUCCAUCGUCUCUCGCGAGAUGACCCGUCGCUACAUGAUGGACAUGAUUACCUACGCAGAUACAGAUGUCGUUAUCGUCGGUGCCGGAUCAGCCGGGCUUUCUUGUGCUUACGAGCUCAGCAAGAACCCAUCUGUCCGGGUAGCCAUUAUCGAACAAUCCGUCAGCCCCGGUGGAGGUUCCUGGCUGGGUGGCCAGCUCUUCUCUGCCAUGGUCGUACGUAAACCUGCACAAUUGUUCCUCGACGAGCUCGGCAUCGAGUACGACGAGCAGGAGAACUAUGUUGUCAUUAAGCACGCUGCGCUGUUCACGUCGACGAUCAUGAGCAAGCUUUUGGCUCGACCCAACGUGAAAUUGUUUAACGCGGUGGCUGUCGAGGACUUGAUUGUCAAGGAAGGGAAGGUGGCGGGUGUGGUGACCAACUGGGCGUUGGUGUCGAUGAACCACGACACACAGUCCUGCAUGGACCCAAAUGUGAUGGAGUCGAAGGUCGUGGUGAGCUCUUGUGGUCACGACGGACCGUUCGGUGCCACCGGAGUGAAGCGGCUCAAGAGCAUUGGCUUGAUCGAAAGCGUGCCUGGGAUGAAAGCCCUGGACAUGAACGUUGCGGAGGACGCGAUCGUUAGACUCACGAGGGAGAUUGUUCCAGGGAUGAUCGUUACUGGAAUGGAAGUUGCGGAGAUCGAUGGAGCCCCCAGAAUGGGUCCCACCUUCGGAGCAAUGAUGAUAUCGGGGCAGAAAGCAGCUCACCUGGCGUUGAAGUCGUUGGGACUGCCUAACGCCAUUGACGGCACAUACAGCGAGAAGGGAAGCAUCCACCCGGAGUUGAUACUUGCCUCAGCCGACUCCACCGAGAUCGCCGAUGCUUAAUCAUUUUGGUCCCGUAAGGCCUUAAUGAAUAAACACUUAGGAAAAAAUUGGACUAGACGAUGACCGGAUGACUGGAUGGAUGGGUUUGUUUUCUUGGCUUUUCUUUUUCUUUAAGUUUUAGAAAAUCGCUAUUAAUAAUAUUGCGAGGAAAACCCUGUAUUGUGAAUGCUACCACAUAUUUUCAAGGUAUCGGUUCAAACUCUAUAGUCCAUUUAAUAUAUUAGUUCUGUAAUGUUGUAAUGUUUGUGAGUGAUGCUAUUCAAUACUGAGGAGAGUAAUGAGAUAAUUCUUAUU